AUGUGCUCAGACAUCUACAAGCGGUGGAUAGCAGGUCUGCUGGGUGUUGAUGUACACUGCAGUUAUGGAGUAACGGACAGAAGGGGUUUUGUAGAAGAGAGAAAAGGUAUCUACAUCACUGUGUUGACUUCAGGACAGAAACCGUAAUACACUGCACUGUCUUCAGGUCAGAAACAGUAAACACACUGCACUGUCUUCAGGUCAGAACAGUAAUACAACUGCACUGUCUUCAGGUCAGAAACAGUAAUACACUGCACUGUCUUCAGGUCAGAACACGUAAUACACUGCACUGUCUUCAGGUCAGAACAGUAACACACUGCACUGUCCUUGCAGGUCGGAACAAACAGUAACACACUGCACUGUCUUUAGGGUCAGAACAGUAAUACACUGCACUGGUCUUCAGGUCAUAACAUAUAAUACACUGCACCUGUCUUCAGGUCAGAAACAGUAAUACACUGCACUGUCUUCAUGUCAGAACAGUAAACACUGCACUGUCUUCAGGUCAAACCGUAACCCAACUGCAUCUGUCCUGCCGGCCUCCGACCGUACGGCCGCUACAAUAGGUAGUACGUACGGCCCAGUACAUCCUGGUCCAAGCUUCCUGCCAUCCAGGACCCUCAAUACCAUGCGUGUCAGAGGAAGGCCCACAAAAUGGUCAAAGACCCAGCCACCCUAUCAUAGACUGUUCUCUCUUCUACGCAACUGAAGCGGUACUGGAGACUUGGAGCGCCAAGUUCUCGGACAAAAGGCGCCUUAACCACUUCUAACCCCCAAGCAACGACUCCUGAACAAUAUAAUCAAAUGCUCACCUCAAGUAUUUACAAUUGCCCCUCGCUGUUUAUUAUCUAUGCAUAAUCCACUUUAAACCCAUACCUACAUGUACAAAUUACCUCGACUAACCUGUACCCCCCUCCCCCCACUGCCCCGCGCACAGUGACUCGGUACCCAACACCCGGUACCCUGUAUAAUGGCCCUCGUUAAUUGUUAUUUUAUUGUGUUCUUUUUAUUAAAAGUUUUUACUUUUGGUUUAAUUAUUUUCUUACUUCUCUUUCUUGAACUGCAAGGUUUGUUAAAAGAAGGGCCGUAUGUAAGCUUUUUAGGUAAGGUAAACACGCUGGUUUAUUUUUUCUUUUUUCCCGUUUCCUCCCGUGUUCUCGCCUUCCGCUUUCGUUCCCUUCGUUCGUCCUUUUUCGUUUCCCUUCGGUUUCGUGUCGGCGCACAUGUGACAAAUUACAAUUUCAUUUCAUUUCAUUUGAUUUGGCACAAAGGUCAAAAGAGAUUGAGGGAGGGGGCUGGGGAAGAGAUAUCGAUUUUAGCUCUCUCUCGAUCUGAUCCUUUUUUUGGGUGUUCUCUCUCUCCCCCUCUCUCCCUUUUGGCUACCUCCAUUUUUGGUUCUUCUUCUGUGCUUGUUUUUUUUUUGUUUUGCGCUCUUUCUUCGCUUCUCUCUCGCGCUCUCGCGCCCGGGUUUUGUGUGUUUCUCUGAUCUCUCCGCGCUCUCCUCCAUCUCCUUCUCUCUCCGCUCUGCCUCUCUUCUCUCUCGCUGCGCGCUCUGUUUUUUUUUUGUGUUCUGUUUCUCUUCUCGCGCUCUCCCCUUUGUUUGUUCUGUCUCGCUCUUCUCUCUCUCAUCUCUCUCUACUCUCUCUCCUCUCGCUUCUCCCGCCUCUCCCGCCUCUGACUCGCGCUCUCUCAUCCCGUUUCGUGGGUCUUGCCUCGCUCUCUUGUUGCUCUUGCCGGGUCCUGUGCACUCACCUCUAUACGGGGAGUAGUCAUGGCCUAUGCACCUUGUACCCAAUGCAUAAUUUAUGUUAGAUGAGUGGUGACACGAAACUGUAAUACCAGUGUAAAAAAUCUGUACCAGUACUGAUACUCCCACCUUUUGCUUAUGUCAUAAUCCUCUGUGGUUAUUCAUUUGCACUGAACAAGUCACAACCCUCAGAUCAGGUGUUUCUGAUCAUGUGCUAAUAUACUAUCAGAUAGGUUUUAUUGUAAGGAGAUGAAAGUACGUCUCUUCUACAUCACUUGUUGGCUGGCCUUGCACAGUAAUAAACUGCAAAAACUGUCCCUUCAGGUCCUCCCUGAAAUCAAACCAAAAAGGAGAUGAAGAUAAGCCUCUUUUCUCCACCGAUCUCCCCCCACUCAGCAACAAACCAACAAAAACAUUGAAGUGCUUUUCACUAAAGUGGGUUCCUUCCAAGUUUUAAAAUGACUUCCAAUUUACACAUAACCCUGAGUUUCAAUCAAAUCAAUAGAGCAGUGUCUCCUUGCUGACUGUUGGUACCCAAUAGUAUCAUGCGUAGUUAGGAAUAUUAUGGCUGGCCGGUGAUUUGAAACGUUUCCUUCCAGGUCCUUCUAUUAGUGGCAACAGGGCUCCUGAUUAACCAUGCCACGGAAACGGACUCUCCUGUGGAGAGAGAGAGAGAGAGAGAGGGAGAGAGAGAGAGAAGAGAUAGAUAGAGAGGAAGGAGAGAGAGAGGAUAAGAGUGAGAGAGAGAGUGAGAGAUGAGAGGAGAAGGAGUGAAGAGAGAGGAUAUUUCAUUCAGUUUGAUGACAUUCGUAGAUUUGUUAGGCUUCUCAUCGUAAGUGAUUUAAUACCUGUCACCCAGAGUGGUAGAGCUGCCAGGUGAAUCAGAACUCUGAACAUGAUGAUGAAGGAGAAGAUUAUGAUGAUGAAGAUGCUGAGGAAGACGAUGAUGAUGAGGAUGCCUCAGUGGAGGAGUGAUAUGAGUGUCUCCUGGAUGAAGCUCUGAGGUGAAAGGAGAGGGGCUGAUGUUGUAGUAUCCUGUUUCCUUUAGGGUGGUGGAUAGUGAGAGUGUUAGAGGGAGUGGCAGGAAGCCUGUACUGUAAAGCUUGCUCAUAGGACCUCACUGUGAACAUGACUGAUUACAUGAUCAUGACAAUGAAACCAUCAGACAUUAGAAGAACUAGAGUUAGAGGUCCCCCUACAGUACGUGAUGAGACCAUCUCUUUACAUAUUAUAUUCCAUCCUAUUGAAACUCUGGGGUUUUUGUGCAGCUGUGCUUGUCGUCUGUAUCACUGUGUUCACUCACAGCACAGAAGUACAUGCCGCUGUCUCCUGCCUCCACCUUCUUCACUGUGAAAGAUCCAGUCUCAGCAUCUGUCUUAACAGUUGGAUAUUUGUCUUCACCGAAGGCUCCAUAGUCUGGUUUGCUAUAACUACUUGUGAAGACUACCUGCUUCAUUCCCUCUCCUGGACGCUGUCUGUACCAGUACAUCUGGUAGUAGUCAGAUCCCUUAGUGUGACUGCAGUUCAUCUGAGCAUCACUGUCUUUCAGUCCCCAGAGUAUGGUGGGUGUCUGAGUGACUUCACUCCCCUCAACAAGACCUGUAAGGAUACAGUGAGAACGAAAUCAAUAGAGUUAGAUACAGUUAGACCUGAAUACAUCAAGACUCAGGUGAAGUGAACGUAUGCUUGGAAACAUCAAUAUCUAUAACUAUAGAAGGCCGUCAUUAUAAAUAAGAAUUUACUUCUCAACUUUCCUGGUUAAAUAAAUGAAACAUUAUGAAACUUUACCUGCAGCACAGAGCAGUAAGACAGUAACAGUGAAGAGAAAUGUGAACAUGUUUGAUCACGUUAUAUGUGAGAGUGCUGGAAAGAGUCUGGUAUCAAUGUACAGAAUAAAAGAGGAGUGUCACAUAGAUGAAUAGAUGACAAUCAGUAGACCACGGCAGGUUUCACCAUAUUGAACAUGUCAGUGAAGUGGGAGGGACACUGAUGAUCUGAAUACAUCAUGCAAAUGACUGGUUCAGACUGUAGAGACGUUCACAUUAUUAAAGAUAGAGGUCCCCCUACAGGACAUGAUGAGACCAUCAGCUCUUUAGAUAUUAUAUUCUAUCCUAUAGAGCUCGCCAGCUUGUAGUCCUAAAAAACUGAAAGGAGGCAGCAUUUUCUACCUCUGGUUCGUUGGCCGUUGCUAUGGGAGAAAUUAAGUGGGGAAAUAAUGGGGUUUUGGGAUAGGUUAACACAGGCUUUGGAGAACUUAUAGGUUUUGUUCUGUGAGAUAAUAUCAGUCAGUUAACAUGACCUUUAUGAAUUAUGAAGCCUUUAUGUGCUCAAAAUAAGUCUGUUGCUAACGAGUCGCUAACUGUCAGAGAAAUGGAACUACCACAUUAGUCGCAGCAUUUUUCACGUCACUACGCUGACCACGCAAACUAGUCUUCUACAGUCUGGCUAAAAAGCUAGUUAGCUUAGUUAGCUUUUUGAUCACCAGUUCGAACGAAAAUGGAAAUCUCUUCAGCGGGAAGAUGCUCGUUUUAUUGGUUCCCGAACGAUAAAACUGGGUUUUUGUUAUAUUAUAUCAACUCUGGGGGUUUAGUGCAGCUGUACUUGUUAUAUUAUAUCAACACUGGGGGUUUAGUGCAGCUGUACUUGUUAUAUUAUAUCAACACUGGGGGUUUAGUGCAGCUGUACUUGUUAUUAUUAUAUCAACUCUGGGGGUUUAGUGCAGCUGUACUUGUUAUAUUAUAUCAACACUGGGGGUUAGUGCAGCUGUACUUGUUAUAUUAUAUCAACACUGGGGGUUUAGUGCAGCUGUACUUGUUAUAUUAUAUCAACACUGGGGGUUUAGUGCAGCUGUACUUGUUAUAUUAUAUCAACACUGGGGGUUUAGUGCAGCUGUACUUGUUAUAUUAUAUCAACACUGGGGGUUUAGUGCAGCUGUAC